AGGACUACAUCAACUAGGAGUUUAUCAAAAUUUUACCAUGAAAUUCUUUCUUUUGCUCGUGAUCGUUUGUGCUGUGGUGGCUGGCGAAAGCCCAGGAUUUUUCAUAAAACUUUCAAAAAGCGUUCCUCGCAUUGGACGUCGAGGAAGUUUGGAAAAUUUCUUCUUGAAGCAGUCAAAAAGCGUGCCAAGAAUCGGCAGACGCGCUAGUUUCAUAGCAGAACAUUACCCUUCACAAGGCGAUAACUGGUUAGAACGAUUAGCAAAGCGUCCACAAUCCAGUAACGAUGAACCACUGGGCAGUAUUAAAGUCUACAGUAAAGUACGGCCCCUUGAUCUGCACAGAAUUAUCGACAUUCUCUCCGACGAUCUGUUCUGUGGAUCGGAUCUAAAAUUCAUUUCCUGGGACGUGUUGGACAAAGCAUUGGAAGAGGAUCCGGAACUGAUGGGUAAACUUAGUGCAUUGGCGCGUGACAAGGAAGUUCAACAGUUGAAACAGUUGUUGACGGACAAUAAAGAAGAAAUCGUUCAAUAUGUACCAAUUGAAAGUAGCGAUCCUGUUCUUUCCAACAAGGCCUAUAUUUAUCGCACCGAUGGAGACAACAAGGAAAAAAUAGAAUAUCAACAGUGAUCAGUGAUGAAGGAAAUCGCAAACAAUAGAACAUAGAAGAUGAUCAAGAUAUACUAUUAUUGUGUAUGGUGUUUUAAUAUAAAUAAUGA